UUAGGAGGUUGUUGUGGAUCCACAAAACGUGUCACAAUAGUUGGAGGAUGGUCUUGGGCAUGGUGGCUGGUUACCGACGUUCAAAGACUUUCUUUGGAAGUGAUGACACUAAAUCCUCAAUGUGAGAGCGUGGAAACAGCUCAAGGAGUUCCCCUCAGUGUUACAGGCGUUGCCCAGUGUAAAAUAAUGAAAGCUGAUGAAUUACUCCAUACGGCCAGUGAACAGUUUUUGGGGAAAACUGUGAAGGAAAUCAAAGCUACGAUUUUGCAGACGUUAGAAGGCCAUUUAAGAGCGAUUUUAGGAACUCUUACAGUAGAAGAAGUAUAUCGAGACAGGGACCAAUUCGCAGCCUUAGUGCGAGAAGUAGCAGCCCCGGAUGUGGGUCGAAUGGGCAUCGAAAUUUUAUCGUUCACCAUCAAGGACGUUUAUGACGACGUCCAAUAUCUAACAUCGUUGGGGAAGGCCCAAACUGCCAUGGUCAAAAGGGACGCCGACGCCGGUGUUGCGGAAGCCAAUAGAGACGCCGGUAUCAGAGAAGCAGAAUGCCAAAAAUCAGCAAUGGAUAUCAAGUAUUCAACAGACACAAAAAUUGAAGAUAACUCAAGAAUGUACAAACUCCAAAAAGCCAAUUUUGACCAAGAAAUCAACACGGCAAAAGCACAAGCUCAGCUGGCCUACGAGCUGCAAGCCGCCAAGAUUCGACAAAAAAUCCGAAACGAAGAAAUCCAAAUCGAAGUUGUAGAACGAAAAAAACAAAUUGAAAUCGAAACACAGGAGGUACAAAGAAAAGAAAGGGAAUUGAAUGCCACUGUUAAAUUGCCCGCAGAAGCCGAGAGCUACAAGAUGCAAAUGUUGGCUGAAGGAAAGGGUACUCAAACAGUCCAAAAAGCUCAAGCUGACAGCGAGAAAGUUAAGAUGAUUGGUACAGCCCAAGCUUCAGCAAUUGCAAGCAUUGGCAAAGCUGAUGCGGAAAGAAUGCGAAUGAAGGCUGCUGUUUAUAAACAGUAUGGGGAUGCCGCCAUAAUGAGUAUGGUAUUGGAUGCCUUACCUAAGAUUGCUGCCGAAGUAGCGGCCCCAUUAGCAAAAACCGAAGAAAUAGUCCUCAUUGGAGGACAAGACAAUACGACUGGUGAAAUCGCCCGAUUGGUAAGCCAAAUACCUCCAACUGUUAAUGCCCUCACCGGUAUCGACUUAUCGAAAGUAUUAGGCAAAAUACCUGGAGCAACUCAAAACACCGUUGCCCCAGUAAAAUGAGAUUGUAUGUAAGUUUGGAAUAAUACUAGGAAUGUUUGUGUGUGUGUAUACGAGUCUGUUUAACACAAUUGCAAAUAUUCGUAGUAUGAACGGUGUUGCGUUAUGGUUGUUUCAUCCAUUAAAACAUGUUAGAUGCAAAUGAUUUUCUUCAAACAAGAAAGGUAAACUUUUAGAUUAUUUUUUUUCUAACGUGGAUUCUUAAUACGUGAAACAACCACAGCCGGUAAUGUACAAUGAUUUCAGUGAUUACCACGAUGUGACUUCAAAACCAGUGAAAACCUGGAAUAUUUUUGUUAAAAUGUCCGGAACUGUUUUCAAACUCCGCUUAGUAGCUUUGUGCAGUCGCCAUAUAAUUUAAUGCAAUGCAUCACAAAUGAAUUUUAUAAAAUAACAUCAGCACGAAGUAACGUAAAAAUCUAUACAGUAUCUGCAUUUAAACACCAAAAACGCCUGAAAACACUGCAGAUCUUUGUUGAUUCUCGAAUGGUGUUCAUUGUAAAAUUGAUUUUAAACUUAUUUAGAGUUUCUGCCUAGAUGUGUAUCUAUUCUAGCAGCUUAAAAAGUAGCAAUUUAUAUUUUUCUACUCCCUAAAUCCCAGUUAUUUUUCUCGAAUGUGUAAUUCAGUUACACUAUUAGCAUUUGUGUGUUACCUCCUUACUUGCGUGUAUUAAAUAAGGAAUGAGAAGUUAUGAUGCAUUCCAACAUGAUAUUAAUUAAAAUAGUAUCAUAGAUAUCUUUUUGUGUAUGUUUAUCUUAAAUUGUAUUUGUAUUUGAAUACUGUGGAUAUUAUUUCUAUGAAGUCAAAGUGGAUUAGAGUAGUGAAUCUUUAUUAUUGUUGUUUCAAAGGACGGUUUACGUAAUCAUAAUAGCGUCAACAGUUACAAAAUAUAAAAUCGACCAAUCUUUCAAA